AGUGACGUUGAGGUGCUGGGGGCGGUGUUGACGAUGUGACACCCGGAAGUGGUGCCGGUUCGCUUCAUCGUGGAAGCGGGUCUGCGAGGAAGCGGCUGCUGAUCGCCGGCGGUACCUGUCAGUCGGUUGGCGGUUAUUAACAGUACGGCAGAUGGCUCUGAAUCUGUCAGUGAAUAUCUCCAGCCCUUGCUUAGGUGUAUUACUUACUGUGGAACAUGUGAAAAAUUCUGUCAAUGUGUUGAUUGAAGAGGGUAAAGAGAAUGUGUUGCAAAUUUCUGAAGAUGUUGUAUUUAGUGAUGUGAAUUCCAUCGUUCGCUACCUGGCUCGGGUAGAUACAGAAAAUAAGCUCUAUGGCUCCAAUCUGCUAGAACACGCUGAGGUUGAUCAUUGGUUGGAGUUCAGCAAAACAAGGUUGGCAAGUUGUGCUCUGUUCCCUGCAGCAAUACAAGAGCUGGAUUGUGCACUUUCUCUCAGGACAUUCCUGGUUGGACAUGAAUUGACACUGGCUGAUCUCUGUGCAUGGGCAGCAUUGAAAGAAAGUAACCUUUGUCAGAAGCAACUAAGUCAAAAUAAGCUAUCAACUCAUGUUAAGCGCUGGUACAACUUCCUUGGUGCUCAGAAUGCAUUUCAGUCUGUGUGUAAAAAAUGGGCAACAGAAACUCCACAGAACACAGUGGUGAAUGAGAAGAAAGAGGAUCGUGGAAAAUUUGUUGAUCUGCCUGGUGCAGAAAUGGGGAAAGUGGUAGUAAGAUUUCCACCUGAGGCCAGUGGUUAUUUGCACAUUGGACAUGCCAAAGCUGCACUCCUGAAUCAGCAUUAUCAAGUGAGCUUUAAGGGAAAACUCAUCAUGCGGUUUGAUGACACCAAUCCUGAAAAGGAAAAGGAAGACUUUGAGAAGGUUGUUAUUAAAU